AUGGAAGGACCUCUCGGCAUCAACUUGAAUGAGGCGCGGAUACUCGAGCAUGCGCAUCAGCGCAACCACCAACAGUCAGACGACAAGGCUGAGGAAAAGGCGCCAGAGUACCUAGCAUCAAGAAGGUUCACAGAUUUGUGGGGAUUGGAAUUGCCCUACUACUUCAUCACCAUGGCGGCACUCACACUGCCGCUGUAUACUUGGAGUCUGAAGUGGUUCAUCUCUGGCACACCGUUCCUCAUCUUUGUCCUGUUACUUGGACAGCCUGAUGGGCUCUUCAAGCGUCCACCUGUGCUGUCUAUCAUCAUUCUUUCAAUUCAGGCAUCGUACCUCAUCUGCAGUACAUCUUGGCUGCUCAUCAAAUUAUACAAGGGAGUCUGUUAUCCGGCCAUUGUGAUUGCUGCAUUCAUGCGCAUCACAUGGCUGCAGCUCAAGCUACGCGAAUCUCUACGGAAAGUAUUUGCUUCAUUCCACAUCCAUGGAGACAAGCUGGCCUUUUUCAACUUUCCAGCCCUCGAUAUUGACGAUGGCGAUGUCCCUUGCUUGCUCGUCAUCAAGGGCGUCACAUUUUCCUUGAGAACCCUAACACUCCAAGUACACGGUGUUGAAGUAGGCGUCAAAAUCAACGACGACUUGGAGAUUGGCAUUCAAACAGAUUCAUUCAUUUGGCGGAUCGGACGCAAUAUCGAUAUUGGUGAUAUCUAUGGAACCGUCAAGGGCCCAUUCACAGACAAGAAGAAAAGCGGUCUUCAUCGUGACUUAGAGCAAGACGACCAACAAGCGCAUCAUGAUAUUACGAAAGGCCGACCGCCUAUGCCCAUGGGAAGGACAAGUGCCGCUGCGCUCGCAGAAGAGCUCAAGGCGAAAGAACACUACCAAGCAACAUUGAAUAAGAUUGAUAGGAAGGACAUCACACAUCAGGCACGACGUGCGCUAGGGUCUACCACAGAUGAUGAGAAUCAGAUGCGAGCCUUGAUUGGUUCUUACAUUCAUGGCAGCGAGUCAGUACCGAAUCCACCUGGCAAAUCGGUCAAGUCGAGUGUACUGACAGCCAUGGUGCCUCGUGUUUUCAAAACGGCCUUUCACAAUAUUCCGGUCCUCUUGAGGCUAUUUCUCAAUCUAGUGGCAUACAACCACCCUGUGCUCUUCAAAUCAAUCACACUGACGGGCAAGGGCCACUAUAUCAACCACAUGCUUGAGAAUAAACUGUUCAAGCACUAUACCCAAGAAAAUAAGGAGCUCGAAAAACUCAAGAAGUUUGUUGAAGGCUUCCUGUCUGACGGGAAUUUUAGCCUGGUCUUAGAUGGACUUCUUGGAUUGGCAUCUGUUCCGCUGAAUACAGAGUACGAUAUAGUCACCUUUGUCAAAACGCCUAGGAUACUCGUCAUCAAAUCGAUGCCGGCGGCGCAUACCGAUGAUGAGAUAGUUGUGGACCACGAUGAAGACCAGGAACAGGCACAGACUGUUUCCAUCAUCAGUGGUGCAGCGGCGACCUUUUCAAUACCAUCCUUCCUUCUCCCAGAUCAUGAGCACUUACUACCAGAGCCACCUACUGAUGCCACGACCAAGGACGAAGCACAAAUCAAGAUGAGCGUGCUGGCUAGUCUGCCGGUUGAGUUUGACGACGCCAUGAUCAACUUUGCACUCGCACUAAUCAAAUCCUCACAAGUGCUGACCCUUCACAAGAAGGCCAACAGCAUGAGUCAGGAAGUCCACUCCAUUGGCGACUUUUUCGGUUCCUUGAUCGGUUCGACAUCUGAACAAAUCAAAAAGAGCCUUGUUGAAGCACACGUCGAUGAUGCUUGGGUGGAGAAGAUAUUCUUGAAGGCCAUCAAUGGCUUGCGAACGCUGAAGGGCGAUCUAGGGUAUCAGACUGAUAUCCCGAUAGACUUGUCUGAACUCAGAUCAGCCAAGCGCUAUGUCUAUCGGUCGACCUGA